GGAAGCGCAAUGUGCGCGGCGUGAGUGAAUGUCAAAACAGUCAGAUAGCCUGCCUACUGUUUCAUAGAGAAGUUCUUUACAAAAUCCUUUCAAUCAUAUACUGUAACUUACCAGCUAUCUCCCUUACGUUACUACAAUGUUUUCAAGUAGUUUACUACGCAAUGUUAUUCCUGUUUCCUCUGAAUGGGUAUUUAGCUGCGUCAAAUGCAGGUCCAGACAAUAUUGCCAGAAGCAAUUCAAAAAGCUAACGAUACGAGAUGCGCUGUCCAGUAAAGCGUUGGGCUCUAACGUCAGAAUACAGGGUUGGGUCCGUUCUGUCAGAUCACAGAAAGAACAUCUCUUUCUCCACGUGAAUGAUGGCUCCUCUCUUCAAGCUCUCCAAGUAGUGGCCAGCAACGACCUGAAUGACAGUGAUCUGACAUUUGGAAGUGCCAUCGAUGUCACAGGAUGCCUGGAGAAAAGUCCAAGCAAAAAGCAGAAUGUAGAGCUCCAUGCAAAACAAAUUAAAGUGACUGGAAAAUGUGAUCCCAUAAAAUUCCCCUUUAAGAUCAAGGAACGCCAUCCUAUGGAAUACAUCCGACAGUAUCCUCAUCUACGUUGCCGAACAAAUACCUUCAGUGCCUUGCUAAGGAUCCGCAGUGAAGCCACCUCUGCUAUUCAGUCAUAUUUCAAGGACAAUGGGUUCAUACAGAUUCACACACCAGUCAUUACGUCCAAUGAUUGUGAAGGCGCAGGGGAGUUGUUCCAGUUGGAGCCUGCAGGUAGUGGUAAAACGCAAGAUGAGAGGAGCCAACACUUCUUCUCGGUCCCCACCUACCUGACCGUCUCAGGCCAGCUUCACCUGGAGGUCAUGUCAGGGGCCUUUCCAGCAGUGUACACCUUCGGGCCGACGUUCAGGGCCGAGAAUUCCCAGAGCAGGCGCCACUUGGCCGAGUUCUACAUGGUGGAGGCCGAGAUCUCAUUCACGGAGUCCCUGGAGGAUGUGAUGGCAGUAAUGGAGAAUCUCUUCAAAGCCAGCACUGAGCAUGUCCUGACCCACUGUGCAGAAGAUGUAGAAUUAUUUCACAAGUUUGUGGCAUCUGGACACAGGGGGCAAGUGGAUGUCAUGCUGAGUCGAAAAUUUAAUGUGAUUUCCUACACAGAGGCCAUAGACAUUCUAAACCGCAGUUCCCAGACAUUCACUUUCCCCACUGAGUGGGGUUGUGACCUGCAGACAGAACAUGAGAAGUACCUGGUGAAACAUUGUGGCAACAUCCCCGUCUUUGUCACUGAUUAUCCCUAUGAUCUGAAGCCGUUUUACGCCAGAGACAACCAGGAUCACCCACGACACACAGCUGCGGCGGUGGACCUGCUGGUGCCAGGAGUCGGGGAGCUGUGUGGAGGAUCGCUGAGAGAGGAGAGACUGGACCUCCUCCAGAACCGCCUCGCUCAGGCAGGGUUGGAGGAGGAAUAUGAAUGGUAUCUCCAGCUGAGACGGUUUGGCUCUGUCCCUCACGGUGGCUUUGGGAUGGGGUUUGAGAGAUACCUUCAAUGCAUAUUGGGAGUGGACAAUAUCAAAGAUGUGAUCCCAUUUGCCAGGUUUUCACACUCAUGCCUUUUAUAAUGUUCAUAAAACGUAACUGUCUGAUAUGUACCCGAUGACUGCCAUGUUCAGUGGUCUAUUAUAAUGAACAUUAUAAUACAUUGUAUAUAUUAAACCUUGUUUUCAACAGAGA